UCUAUAAAAGUCUUAAGUCCUUAAAAAGACUUAAGUCUAUGGAAAGUGACUUAAGUUUUUUGAAAAAACUUAAGUUUUGUCUUAAGUCACUUGUUUUUUCUUAGUCAUAUUCAAUAAAGGUUUUAGACUUAAGUUUUGUUGUUUUUGGACUUAUUUCCUAAGCCUGCAUCCAUGUAGGCUUAACUAUAGGAUUUCAACUUAAGUCUGUAACUAAGAUGGCUGCCGCACAGCGUGUUUAUUUGCCAAGAUCCAACAGAUUCAAUGAUAUGCGUGAUGAGGAACUUCUUAAGAGAUACAGACUGAACCAACAAGGUAUUAGAUUUUUAUUGCAACUUGUUGGAGCACAAAUACAGCCAUUAACUGGACGGAAUCAUGCAAUUGACGCGACAACAAAACUUUUAGUCACUUUGAGGUUCCUGGCAACAGGCAAGUUUCAAUUGUGUAACGGGGAUGAUCAUGGGUUGAGCCAACCGAGCGUUUCACGUGCGAUAUGCACGACUGUAGAAGCCUUGACCACACCUGCCAUGGUGGCACGGUUUAUACACUUUCCCAGUCCUGCCGAGUGUCAACGUAACAAGGUGGAGUUUCACCGGACAGCCAACUUCCCGGGGGUGAUCGGCGUCAUUGAUGGCACACACAUACAGAUACAGGCACCGACUGUAAAUGAGGAUGUUUACGUCAAUCGGCAUCACUACCACAGCAUCAACACACAGGUAGUAUUCGAUCCCUUCGAUCGCAUCAUUGACAUCGUUGCACGCUGGCCUGGGUCCACACGACUCGAGAAUCUUGUCCCAGAGUGGCCUUUUCCGGUUAAUGGAGGGUAACAACUUGCCAGCUGGGUGUCACCUCCUCGGUGACAGCGGUUAUCCGUCCAGACGUUGGUUGCUAACACCUUUCUUACACCCACAACCCGGCUGUCAGAUUAAAUACAACCGAGCUCACAAGAUCACAAGAAGUUGUGUUGAGCGGGGAAUUGGCCAGCUGAAACGCAGAUUUGGGGUCCUUCA